AUGACGCUAAUUUCUUCCCUUUGUUCCUUCCCUCCAAUUCACUCUUCUGCUUCUUUUCCAAAUUCCGCAUCAACGUUCUCAAAUUACAACACCAGAACUCAAAUCCAAUCCUCACCUUCUUCCACAAACACUUGCACCCAAAAAAUCGACGCAUCUUUGAUCACCAUCGCCGAAUCUUUCUACGAUGAUGAACUCUGGGCAGCUUCCUCCCUCCGUGUUCGUUCCUUCAAUCAAUUACGUCCCGGCACUUACGGAGUCCAAGAUCAUGUGAAGUACUUGGCUGAACGUGAGUUUGAAGCAUUGAAAGAGCGUAUUUCGGGGAAGAAGACGGGUUUUAGAAGAGUCUCUUGCAUAAAUGCUUCUCUUCCUGUGUCUCAUAUAUCUAGCAUCUAUGAUGAUUUAUGUUCUUCAUGUAAGUUUUCUGCUUAUGGAGAAGACAGGAUUGUAGUUGGUUCGCUUGAUCUUAAUCAGUGCUUGAGUCUUCCGGAUGAAAUUGUCGGGAUGAAGCCGAAGCUUAGCGGAGCUGAUACGACAAGGGCUUACCUCAGUAAUGUGUGUGUUGCUAGAGAGUUGCACAGAAAUGGAUUGGCCUAUGAACUUCUUGAAAAGUCGAAGUUAGUUGCUCGUAAUUGGGGCAUAACAGAUUUAUAUGUCCAUGUUGCCGAUGACAAUGAACCAGCAAAGAAAUUGUACACGAAAAGUGGGUUUGUUUAUGAGAGUGAUGAACCUGCAUGGCAGGCCAGGUUUCUUGAUAGACCGCGAAGACUUCUGCUAUGGAUGGGGCUUUCAAUCUCCUAA